AUGGAGCAUGGAUUGGACAGUGAAGGGCGGCUGCGAAUAAAGCCAAAAGAGCAAGGGCGUGUUCGGGAACUUUGUAGGUAUGCGGAUGUCACAGCAAAGCAAAACUCAACAGGAGAGAGAGGUUUUAAGGAAUGGAUUGGUGGGUAUGUUUUAUUUGCUGUUUUAUGUGUGCAUGUGGAGUUUGAGAUCAUGGUCAUAAAAUGCUUUCCUUCUGUUGAUUCUUGUUCAGUUAGUCAGGACCACUUCUUCCCAAAGGUGUCCAUGAACUUGCUGAAGAAAAACUUUGAUGAACCCCACUUUGCUGUCAGUUGCCCUUCAUGGUGGAAUUCAAAUGAGCAGCAAUUUUCACCAUCUGUAUCCAAGAGCAUAAGCUUUAAAGUAGACCCUCCAUCCCAACCUUAUCAUGAAGCAAAGCAGUUAGGACUUCAUCUUCCGGACCAGGAAUCAUCCUCAACUCUAUCAAUUGGUCAAUCUCGCAAUGAAAUGAGUGCUGUGGGAGGGACCAAUUCACAAGAUCAAUGUAUUUCGACUGAAUCUGAUGAAAGUUGCGGGAAGGGUCUGGAGGGCAAAAUGAAACCAGUUCUCUUGCUCAGUACUCCAGAUAGUGUGUCCAAUCAUUCACAAGCUGAUUGUAGCUAUUCAAUGGUUCAUACUCCAUAUCCAUGUGCUGAUCCUUACUUUGGUGGGCUGUUUAAUCCAUAUGGACCACAUGCCUUUAUUCAGCCCCAGCUGGGUUCUCAUAUGGUGGGGAUGACAGCUGGAAGAGUCCCAUUGCCUCUAGAUCUUGCAGAUGAUGGACCCAUUUAUGUUAAUGCUAAACAGUACCAUGGAAUUCUGAGAAGGAGACAAUCACGGGCAAAGCUAGAGGCUCAAAACAAACUUGUAAAGAAUCGAAAGCCAUACCUUCACGAGUCUCGGCAUGUUCAUGCCUUAAAUAGGGUUCGGGGAUCUGGUGGACGCUUUCUCAGCACUAAAAAGCCCCAGCAAUCUGAUCCCACUCCCACUCCCACUCCUAGUCAGUGUAAUGUCACAGAUACCAGCUACUUGCACCGAAAGAAUGAUGCAUCAGAACUUGAAAGCUGCCAAUCGGGAACUGACCAAUCUGGUGCCUCAAAUGCAUCCUGCUCUGAUAUCACCAGUGUCUCCAACAGUGAUGUCAUUUUUAGGCUGCCAGAUCGCCGGUUCUCAGGUAUUGAUGCUCACCUUGGUGUUGGCAUGCAAAUCAAUGGUGGGCUUAUGUGCAGUGGAACCCAACACCAUGCUUCUGUUGUUCGGUGA